AUGACAACUCCACCACGUUUAUUUGCUCGUACAUAUGAAGUAAAUCAUGACUCUGAGCAACUAUCGUCAUCAAAAAAGCUUAUUAUUCUACUACUGGAUACAUCUUCGGAUGAUACGCAUUUACGUCGAGAACUCGAUCAUCUUUCUAACUAUCACUGUUUUCAAACAUAUACUACAAAUAACUGUUUAGAUUUAAUAAAUCAAGAUGAUAUCAAAGAUGGUUUAAUUUUGCUUAUUAUUUCACCUCGAUUUGUUGACUUUGUUUUCGAUACCUUGUUAAAAAUUGUGCCACAAUUGUCAUAUAUUUAUUUAUUUGAUAAAAUUCCAUACAACAAAUACCUAAUUCGUGAUCAACGCUUGCGUGGUAUAUUCAAUAAUGUUCAAUUAUUAACCGAGAAAAUACGUGAGGACAUUGCAAACUAUGAAGUUUCUACUCAUAAAAGCGAAGGCAUUCAAUAUAUACUUGAAGAUAGUGCAACAUUUUUUUGGUAUCGAUUCUUCUUUAAUAUUCUAGAUCAUUUAAAACAUUCCGAUGUCGCAAAGCAUGAAAUGAUUAGUCCGUUUCGUACUAUUUAUGAAAAUAAUAUAGAUAUAUGGAAAAAAGCUAAUGAUCUUGCGAAUACAUAUUACUCUGAUCAUAUUAUCCGUUGGUACACUAAAGAUAGCUUCUUUUAUCGUCACCUUAAUAGCGCAUUACGUAGUCAGGAUAUCAAUGAGAUAUUUUUAUGGCAAGCUUAUAUUAGUGAUCUUGACAGAAACCUUCGAGAACUAUGCUCAGAACAAAUGGAUUCUCAGUCAAGGUGUGUGUUUCGAGGUCAACGAUUGCAUAAAUACUAUUUACGUAUGUUGAAAACAAAUGUAGGUAAAUUAAUCACAAUGACUUCUUUUCUAUCUACAAGUUCGAAUCUCAAUAUUGCGAAGAUUUUUGCCGGAGAUGGUAAAGUUGAUUUCCCUUUUCAAUCAGUUGUCUACAAGAUAUUUAUUGAAUCAAACAAUAGUAAAAUAGUAUGUGCCGAUAUCUCAGAACUAAGCGUGUUCAAAGAAGAAGAAGAGCAAUUAUUCUCAAUACGAUCAAUGUUUCGUAUUGAACAAGUUGAAUAUUCUGGUAAUAUAUGUUAUAUUGAUUUAACAGCUGUAGAUGAAGAUGAUCAACAAUUUUGUACAGCAAUCAAUCCGUGGAAAACAACUAUUAGUGAACAAAGUUUUUUUUCUGGACGCCAUGAACCAUUAUUUACUCGAUUUUUAAUCGAUGAAAAUAGCUCUUUCUUAGCUUUUCAACUACUUACUGAUAUAAUGUUACGACUUCAUCAAACUGAAUUUGCGCGACAAGAAAUGAUUGAAAUGUGCCGAUUGAAAUGCGAAAAUAACUCAGCUGAUUUCGAGAAGAUCAAUGAAUUUGAAAGUUCCUAUCAACAUAGUGAUGCCUUAGAAUGGUAUACAACAAAUUCUUUUCUUUAUCGAAUUCUUCAUCAAGCACUUCGAAUGGAAGAUAUUGACACUAUUUUUAAACUACGUUAUUAUAUUUAUGAUUUACAUAAUCAAUUAGCUCAACUUCAUACAUCUUAUCUUUACUCUUUACCAUCGGAUCAACCAAUAUUAACACUAUAUCGUGGACAACGUAUGAAAAUUAUUGAGUUAUCAAGACUUCAGGAGAAUAUUCACAAAUUAAUAUCUAUGAAUAGCUUCUUAUCGACAACAAACGAUGUUAUAGCCGCUAUUUUUUUUGCUGGUGAUGGCUGUCUUAAUGAUCCAGACGAGGAAAUAUCAGUUCUUUAUCAAAUCACAAUUGAUACAAGUGUACCUCAUUCUAUUCCAUUCGCAAAAAUUCAGUAUAAAAGUAUAUUUGAAGAUGAAGAUGAAGUUUUAUUCUCCAUGGCUUCAGUUUUUCGAAUAGAUAAUGUUGAACAGUAUGGAGCAUUGUGGGCAGUUGAAUUAACAUUAAUCAACAAAGAAGAUGAAACAUGGAAUAUUCUUACAGCUCAUUUAAAUAGAUAA